GUUUUCUUUCAAAAAAAAAUAAAUUAAUUUAAUACUUCAUUCUUGUAAAAUCGUAUCCUUUGAUACUCGUAUAUCACAAAUUCACAAUUCCAAAUAUAUUAAUUUACUACUUAUAUAUUUAUUUCAAUUCUUUUAAUAAAAAAAAUAAACGGUAUGAAAGUGAGAGAUAACUUAAAAGUGGUUAAAGUUUUCCCUUACCUAAACAUAAAAUUGGUUUUCAUCACCUAUUCCGCUGUCUUCGAGGAGUCGUGGCUCUCUAAACACCCAAAAAAAAAAAAAAAAAAAAAUUAUGAUGAAGGGUGUGCCCCGUUGCCUCAACCACUAACUACAAAGACCAAGAAGUGAGGAGAAGAGAGAUAAUUGAAGAUAGUAGGUUGAAGCUGAAAAUGGCAGCCUCAGCUCUCCCAAUCAUUGGAUGCAUCAUCCCCUCCACCCCGCGUCAAUCCUUCCUAACUCAACGUUCCGCUCCUAUACAGCAAUGGCAUUUGAUGGGAAAGCAGCAUUCAAGACAGUUUGCACAUACGAGGGGUGUGUUUCGUAUGCUAGCCGAUUCUAACGCUUCUUCAGGAAAGGGGAGUUUUAGGAAAGAAGUACUGAUGGUGGAUCCAUUGGAGGCCAAAAAAUUAGCUGCAAAACAAUAUGUAGAAAUAAGAUCAAAAGAGAAAUUUGAGAGAAGACGUCAAAUUGAAGCUAUCAAUGGAGCGUGGGCAAUGAUUGGCCUUACUGCUGGUUUAGUCAUUGAAGGCCAUACAGGAAAGACUAUUUUGGGUCAGCUUGAUGGAUAUUGGCAUGCUAUUCUGGGAUUCUUUGUAAGAUGGUAGAAGUUUUCCAACACUUCAAAUUGUGGCCAUCUGAGAUUUUAGCUGUAGAUUGAUGGACUUUGUACAUGUUCGAGAGAUUUACAUUCAUCCCAUAUUGGUGAAAUCAAUCCUUACAUUCUUAUUCUUGUAUUAUACAUUUUGAUCAUAAUUGAUGUAUUCAUGCUGAUUCUUUCAGCAAAAGAGGGUUCAAUGAUAGAAACCCAUUGAAACA